UUCUACUCCUUCACUGUUUCCUGUGCGUGUAAUCCCCCGCCGUCCAUGAUUUUCCCUGAGCCCGCAUUUAAUUCCCCCCUAAACCUCCAGCUGCCACGCCGGUCACUCACUGGACGGGACAGGCUGUGAAUCGCGCUCGUUAUUAAUAAUUUACCAGCUCCCCGCUUCCGCGGCUGUAUCUCUGCGCGUUCCAGACAAGCUAAACACUUCAGAACCACGCGCUGUUCGGACUCGCUGUCAUGGUUUAUGUGAUUACAGAGAUGGACUAAUGUACCAUGUGCACGUUCCCGUCUCUUAUUUCAAGAUUUUUUUUUCCAGCCUGGUGAUCGUUCGCACAUUAUCCCAGCCGCUGUCCGUUUUCUAGUUUAAUCUGCCUCGGAGAAAGAGUUGGAGAAAGACCAAAUGGUCCCACUUUUUUGCGAUACAAGAAGAGAGGAGGGGGACCGCGAAAUGAGGGAGGAGAGGUCCUCUUGAAUUGUAAAAAGGCAACAUCUGAUUGGAAAGGGUAUAGACAUAAACUACUUACUUUCCAUCGCUAUUUCAUUCAAGACCUUUGAUUUGAUCACUUUUGUAGCUUGAGGCACACCGACGUCGUGCCACCGACUCAGUCGACCGGAGGACGGAGAGAGCGGCGCACCGACACCGCCUUGCGUUAGCGGGUCUUCUGGAGCACCGAAGCCGACGCGCAUUCGUGGUGGAGGACACGCGCGUUAGAAGUCAACAUUUAUAUCCCGAAUGAAGCCCAGAAGCAUGAGACUCGGAUAGUCCUCCUCCGGUCACUUUCCCGAGACGAAAAAGACCUACUAGAUCACAAUUAAGAAAUGUUCGCUGGGCCACAGGCUGUCCUGUGCUAAGGUUCUUUUUUGCUUCCGGUAUCACAGAAGACUUCGACUCUCUCGCUCUACUCUCUCACCCUUUUUGGUGGCUGAACUUUUUUCUUUUUUAAAAAAAAGGAAAAUGGGUCUUUGAGACUGCUGGCAAAUUUCCCUACUCCAUAAUGGCGACAGAAGCCUUCCUGGUGAACGAGGACCCCUCCCGAGGCCCCGGCCUGCCCGAAUGCUUCGUCGUGUCUGACUCAUAUCGGGAUGAGUUCCAUCCGUUCAUCGAGGCUCUCCUCCCGCACGUGCGCGCCUUCGCCUACACCUGGUUCAACCUGCAGGCGCGCAAGCGCAAGUACUUCAAGAAGCACGAGAAGAGGAUGACGAAGGACGAGGAGCGCGCGGUGAAGGACGAGCUGCUGGGCGAGAAGGCCGAGAUCAAGCAGAAGUGGGCGUCCCGCCUGCUGGCCAAGCUGCGCAAGGACAUCCGGCCCGAGUGCCGCGAGGACUUCGUGCUGACCAUCACGGGCAAGAAGGCGCCCUGCUGCGUGCUCUCCAACCCCGACCAGAAGGGCAAGAUCCGCCGCAUCGACUGCCUGCGGCAGGCCGACAAGGUGUGGCGGCUGGACCUGGUGAUGGUCAUCCUGUUCAAGGGCAGUCCGCUGGAGAGCACGGACGGCGAGCGGCUGUACAAGUCGCCGCAGUGCUCCAACCACGGCCUGUGCGUCCAGCCCCACCACAUCAGCGUCUCCGUCAAGGAGCUGGACCUGUACCUGGCCUACUUCAUCCACUCGCCAGAAUCUGGACAAUCAGACAGCUCCAACCAGCAAGGAGAUGCCGACAUCAAGCCACCACCUAAUGGAAACUUGAGCUUUCAGGACUGCUUUGUGACUUCAGGAGUGUGGAACGUCACUGAACUCGUCCGUGUGACACAGACUCCGGUUGCCACGGCGUCUGGUCCCAAUUUUUCCCUGGCUGACCUGGAGAGUCCUGGCUACUACAACAUCAACCAGGUCACCCUGGGGCGACGCUCAAUCACGUCCACCCCGUCCACAAGGUCUGAAAUGGAGCUUUAUGCAGGUCUUCCACGGAGCUCCAACAAGCGCAAGUCCAUGGACGACAGCGAGAUGGAGAGCCCGGUGGACGACGUCUUCUACCCUGGCCGCUCCCCCGCCGCCAGCAGCUCCCAGUCCAGCGGCUGGCCCAACGAUGUGGACGCAGGGCCUCUCCACUUGGCGAACGUGCAGGAGAGGAGGAUUAAACACGAGGCCGAUGAUGUGCAGUAUCCGUACCAUGGUUAGAACACGUUUACACCCUACACCUCUUUUCAAAGCUCUUUUCUAAAUUUGCUGGACAGUUUUUAUACCAUC